CGAGUGCAGGAGGGCUGGACUGCGCUGGCAGCCGGGCUCAGACAGGGUUAAGACCAUCACCUGCAGCUGAAGUGCGACCCAGAUGGGAAGUAGGAAGUGCCCCGCCUGAGCUUCCUGUAUAAAUAAACGAGCGGCUGCUGGCGUGCGGCGCCCCACGCUCUGCAAGGUUCCCGGGCAUCGCAGCUGCGUCCCAAGGCAGGAGGCGAUUAUAGGUACUCCUCCUCCUCCUCCGGCCCCAUAGGUCUGGGAGCCCGAACCCUGUUGCUGUCCUGCAGAGUGCAAAGCUGUCAGCCGCAGAGCACGGAGGAAGGGGGAGAGAAUGGAACAGCUCCUCCUCCCGGGGGUGCGAGCAGCCCUGGCGGACGGUGCGCGCGAGGCAGGCUGCUGAGAAGCCCGGCGGCCGGGUGGAACGUAGCUCUCCUGCCAGGGACUAAGGAGACUGAAGAAGGCUGAAGACAGGCUGAUGGGCUCGGUUGGUAGACUCCACUGUCUCACCAUGACCGCCGAAAACACAGCGCCAGGAGACCUGGCUCUCACCCCUCUCGUCACUUGCAAACUCUGCCUGUGUGAACAGUCUCUGGACAAGAUGACCACACUCCAGGAAUGCCGGUGCAUCUUUUGCACAGCUUGUCUGAAACAGUACAUGCAGCUGGCAAUCCGAGAAGGAUGUGGGUCUCCCAUCACUUGCCCUGACAUGGUGUGCCUAAACCACGGGACCCUGCAGGAAGCUGAGAUUGCCUGUUUGGUACCUGUGGAUCAGUUUCAGCUUUAUCAGCGGUUAAAGUUUGAACGAGAAGUUCACCUGGACCCGUACAGAACAUGGUGUCCCGUGGCAGACUGUCAGACGGUGUGCCCUGUUGCAUCGAGUGACCCAGGACAGCCUGUGCUGGUGGAGUGCCCUUCUUGUCACCUGAAGUUCUGCUCCUGCUGCAAGGACACUUGGCAUGCAGGGGUCUCCUGCAGAGAUGGUCAGCCGAUCGUCCUGUCAACAGAGCACGGGCCCCUCUUCGGGACAGAGGCAGAAGCCCCCAUUAAGCAGUGCCCAGUGUGCCGGGUUUACAUCGAACGCAACGAAGGCUGCGCUCAGAUGAUGUGUAAGAACUGCAAGCAUACGUUUUGCUGGUACUGCCUCCAGAACCUGGACAAUGACAUUUUCCUCAGACAUUAUGACAAAGGGCCGUGUAGGAAUAAACUCGGCCACUCGAGAGCCUCAGUGAUGUGGAACCGAACACAGGUGGUCGGGAUUCUUGUGGGAUUGGGCAUCAUUGCCUUGGUGACUUCACCCUUGCUGCUCCUGGCUUCCCCUUGUAUAAUCUGUUGUGUCUGCAAGUCCUGCCGGGGCAAGAAGAAAAAGCACGACCCAUCCACAACCUAAAGCUCUCUGUCUGUGUCCAUGUGCCAGAGAUGUCUGGGUCGUACGAGACAGCACAGUGAUAAAGCCCCACUUAGUGAACUCGCCUCCUCCUCCUUGCCAAACUUUGGAAGUGCCUCUGUGUCCAGACUUUGAACUUGCCUGCCCACCUUUGGCAUCCAGAAAGGCCAAGCACUGAUGUGUGUUCCCGUGUAAAGAUAACCAGGUUCGACAGUCCAGGUUGUGUCCACGGAACAUGUCGGGAAGCUUUGGGGUCAAUGGGGAGGAACUUAACACAUCACCAUGUCAUCAUCCGAAGGAUCCCACUGGACUAUUCAACUUCCAGCCAAAUCCAAGGAGCCCGAAGGAACAUUCGGUGUAAUAAAGGUGUUGUCACGGCUGGCAACACACUUGAUAACUGAGGAGCCAGUCUGUUCUGUGUUGAUUUGACCACCAUGAGAAGCAUGGGGGAAAACCUCAUGUAGCAGGGGAAGGAUAAGACUGUUGAAGGGGAAAUUCUUAGAAGAAUUAGAAUUCUUAUAAGAACGAUAAGAGGGCUGCUUAUCUUGCUAUGGUGGUUCUGCCCCUGCCGGUUACUGGGUGUGCUGUUCCCAGCGUUCUGCCAGUAACUUGGCAGAAACACAAUCGGUUUCUCCUUGUGUGAUCUCAGCUUCAAGCUGGAGAAACUGCUGUGCAGAGGGAGUUGUCCCUUCCCAGGAAAAGGGCUGCUGCAGGUAAAACAAUCUGGUCUGAGUUAGUAUCUCUCCCCUGGGUGGUAAACCUCUCUUCCAGCCAGUAGCUGUGGUCUACAGGAUUGUUUUUAUGAAGUCUGAGUAGUGUGGCAGAGAUUAAAAAUUGUCAUCAGAGGUAACAGGGACCUUUCUUGAGCACUCUGUUUAGGCACCCAACAGAUUUAGAACUGGACCUAAAAGUAUACACCAAGCGUAGAUAUUAAAAUCCUUGGGGACAUCUAGAAUCCAUGUAACUUGCUGCCUGCCCAGAAUUUUUAUUCACUGGAUGUGCACAGAUAUACCCAAUGGUACACGUGAAAUAAAUGUUUACUUAAAAGCCAUUCUGUCUUUCCUUCUGGGACUAAUAUGGUUCAUUAUAAAUCAACCUAAAGAUUUUUUGCAUAUUAUAUAUAUAAAUUUUAGUUACAAGUUCAUAAGUUCCCUAAAGGUUUCAAUUCAUAGAUAAAACUCUUCAUACAGUCCUUAGUAUGAUAUCAUACCAUCUCGGUGUGUAAAACACUAAUUGAAAGUCAAGUUAUUUACGUAUUUUCAAAUACGAUUCAGAGCAGCUCUCUUCCCAGCAAAGUUGUGCUCUUUCAACAUCUGUUAGGGCAAUCGAAGUGCUUUUUGUAUGUACAGGGCGCUGAUAAAACAACAAAAAAUACCUAAGAAAUAAAAUGCAAGUGCUUUAUAUGUAUCUCAAGUAGUUAGGAUUUGCCUCACCUCACUGUGGCUUAUUUUUUCCCAUUAUACUGUGAGUCAGAUUUUGAGUAAAUGAGUUUUGAAAAGACAACACCUUUUACUCUAAUGACAGAAUUGUGUAACUGCCAUUAGCAGUGUAGCCCGGUGCUUCGCGAGGACCGUAUUAAAUGUUAGUGGACAGCGCUCCUUGAAGCUGGGGCACCACAUCGGGAACUGUCAGGACCUGUGAUGUUUUCUGAGGUGAGUGGGUAACUAGACUAUUAAAUUGCUGCUAUCCCGGACCUGUUAUUAAAGAAUGAUGCUUUGCCAAUGUAAUGGAAUGUAUCCUAAGUGGGGAUGUGUAUAUUUAAGGAGCUUUAAUUCACGUGUACAUAUUGGUAUCUGAUAUAUGUAUAGUACGUCUAUUGGCCUUGUGCAUUUUUAUUUACAGUUUGUAUAGAACACAGAUGAGAACUCUGGGACGACUUUUGAAUGGCAACCAACCAAAAAAGAUUUUUAAUCAUGCGUUAGAAAUUUCUCAAUAUUAAAUGUCUUUAUUUUCCCUUGACACUCUACAAACACUUCAGAAAAAAAAUCGGUAUCUUCUAUCACUGUAUUUCAUAUUGGUAUAAGUAGAAAUGUACAUAGAUUUGAAUAAUUUGCUUUGUCUUACACUGCCUCAUUAUAGUGCAGGGCAUUUUUAACUGCUCAGGGGAUCACAGGAACUCAGCUGAAAUUGAAUUUUUGUAUCAAAAUUGUCAGCCUUGGCAAUAUAUUCUUUCAUUAGUGUACCCUCCAAGAUGGUUCCUUAAACAGGGGCUUAUUUCAAGUAACCUGAAAUGCUGUGUUACCAGAGGCAGAGCUCCUGAAUUUGGAGUAAAGGUGGAAGAAAACAUCUCUGUUCUUUCCUUGGCUAAAUUGGAGGAACUUGUCCUCUCACCGAGAUCCUAUGAACGAAUUAGCUUACUUUUUUUUUUUUUUUUGUAGGGGAUGGGGAGUUGGGGGGUGUUUGUCAAAUAGAUUUAAAAUAACUGGAUUUAAGUUUUUAAAUGUUAAAAAGUGCCUGAAAAAUGGUGACGUCUUCCUUAAAUCGCUAGCUUGUGUGAGAUUUUCAGAAUCAACAGGCACAGGUUGGUUGGUUAAAACCCAAAUAUAUCUCCGGUGCAUCAAAGGGCGAGUUGCAGGGCAGCCUAGAGAUCUUGUUUAUAACGGGGAAAGCUGACAACUUUGAUAACAGAGACUGAUGUUUUCAUUUCCGAUAACUGGCCAGAGAAAAGGUUUAACCUUGUCUCCUUCCUCUCUCUGUUUAUCAGUUCUAUCCUUUCCCGGUAGCCUUUCUGUUCUAGGAAGAAAUAGGGUGUCUAUGUAAUACUAUUUGGAUGUUGUGGCAAAAAUCUUUUUGUGUUUGGAGUAGUGGAGGCCAUUUGAAAUAGAAAUUUAAAAAAAAAAUUUCUUCACUGCCUUGUAAUCUGGGUGGAAUAACUCACCUUCCAGAAAAACUAUUGGAUGGAAUGGCACAACAUCUAGCUGUCGCCCCUUCUAGGAAUUUUUUUCCUUGUUAUUAGGUAGGGAAGGUGGGAGAGGAAAGCCGUAUGGAAGCAAGUUUUAGACUUUUAAGCAUCCUGUUUGUUCAUGCCGUGGAUAUUUGUUCCAGACUUUAAAUCUUUAGUUUGAAAGAGGCCUUUGAAAAACAAUUCACCGUGUGAAUUUUCUUGUAGCUCGCAUCACAAGACUCUUACCUAUCCAGGUUUGAAAAUCUACACGCUUAUUUGAAUGUGAAUCACUGUUUCUUGGAGCUCCAAAUUGUCUCUUAAAGAUGAUAAGAAUCUACGUAUGUAUUACUCUAGCCUUCCCUACACAGUGCAUCUAAAAAACUUCCUGGUCAUGAAUGGAUGCCUUUAUGUAUAUAGAAUUGUGUGUAUAUGUGUAGCUUUAUAGACAGUUUCAGAAUGCCUUAGAUAAAUGACAUUUUAUAAAGCUGUUACAAUUGAUGUCUGUAGGCUAUUACAUCUCAUUUAAUUCAUGAUUUAGAAAGUUUUGUUGUGUAUUUAAGAAAUUGCUGUUGUGUUAUAUUUUUCCAAGUAUUGGAGAGGAGAAUAGCUGUUUUAGUCUUUCUGGCCCCAAUAAAUGUGGAGCAG